AUGAUCCCCACGUUAGAAGAGUUUGACGUUAGUCCAGAGACAGGAUUUCUUCCUUCAGAACUUCCGUUGGAGCGUCUCCCACAGGACUACUAUAAACCAUGGGAGGAUAUAGUGCACAACUUGCCAUCGUAUAUCAUGAAUAGACGGAUCAGGGCAGUGGUUGACAAGCUUCCGGUUUUGACCACGGACGGAUUAAGUGUUCGAGAGCAAAGAAGGGCUUAUCAGGUGUUGUCAUUUAUUGGCCAUGCAUAUAUUUGGACUGGUGAGCCGGUUGACAAAUUGCCACUGCAGAUUGCUGUUCCUUGGGUUGCUGUAUCUCAGAAAUUGGGACUUCCUCCUAUAGGAACGUAUUCCGGGCUAUGUCUUUGGAACUAUAAAAAGAUUGAUGAGGAGGGAGAUUUCACCUUGGACAAUUUGACCACGAUUAAUACAUUUACUGGGGGUAUCGACGAAAGCUGGUUUUACUUGGUCAGUGUCUGGUUUGAGAAAGAGGGCAGCUUUUGUUUGCGCAAAGGGUUAGAGGCUUUGAAAGGCGCAGAACGCGGUAGUUCAACAGUUACUACUUCCCUUCAGCAACUAGCAGAAAGUAUCGAUAUACUUGGAUCACACAUGAUGCUCAUGGAGGAAAUGUGUGACCCACAUAUCUUUUAUUUCAGAAUGCGACCCUAUUUAGCUGGAUGGAAGAACAUGGCCAGUGUGGGUCUUGAAAAGGGGGUACGCUAUGGAGACGAAGAGGGCAUGAGGAGCUAUGCUGGUGGCUCCAACGCUCAAUCGUCAUUGAUUCAGUUUUUUGACAUCCUUUUAGGUGUUGCUCAUGAUGACUCGUUCAUAAGAGAAAUGAGAGAGUAUAUGCCACGGGAGCACCGUGAGUUCCUUGAAGCUUUAGAACCAUACACAUUCACGAUUAGAGAUUUUGUGCAAUCCCAACACGAUGAAGCGUUGACUUUGGCUUAUGAUGCAUGCUUGGCAAUGUUGAAAUCAUUCAGGGACAAACACAUACAAAUUGUGACUAGGUACAUUGUCCUUCAAGCUAAAAAAGUCAACAAGAUGGGAUCCACUAUAAGGUCAGGAUUAGCUAGGCAAAAGAAGGAGGAAAAAGGGACUGGUGGUACGUCCCUUCUUCCCUUUUUGAAGCAGUGUAGAGAUGAAACAGGUAGUGCCGCUGCAGGCAGCUGGGGUAAAAGAAUUCUCACGGAUGGCAUGCUACGUUUGAAGUACUCCAAAUCAAAUGGUGUAAACGAGGAUUAA